CAUAUGCAGAAUAAAGACGGACCCUCGUACAUCACGGCGUGUGCUCCUCCCUCCCAGCUGCCGGAACGACAUUUCUGCUCUGUUUGCGGAUUUCCGUCGAACUACACAUGUGUUGUCUGUGGGUCAAGAUAUUGCUGUGUCAAAUGUUUAGGCACUCACCAAGAUACACG